AUGUAUCAGUAUGCUUAUACUAUUUACUUGUUUUAUAGUGAUGAAGACCCUGCUGAUGAAGAACCUGCUGAUGAAGAUGAUGAUCCAGACUGGGAGGGGGAUGGUGAUUUGGGGGAGGGUAGUGGUGAAACGGGCCGACCCCCAGCUAAGAGACGGGCUGACUCCCUUGGUGGUACUUCUGGCAAUAGAGGAAGGGGCGGUAGGGCCAGGGGUGGUAGGGCCAGGGGUGGAAGGGGUGGUAGGGCCAGGAGUGGUGGGACUGCCAAUACUAGUAGUAAGUCUUAUAAUGAUGCGGACACUAAGAAUGACCUCCCUCCCUUUCAACCAAACCGUCCGCCUGGAAUUCAUUUUGGUAGGCAAGUCUUGCGGGGAAGUAUGACAACUGCGUUAGAGUUUUUUCGUCUAUUCUUUACCUCCGAGAUGAUAAAAUCAGUUGUUGCCCAUACCAAUAGCUACGCAUACAUGAAACUUGUAGCUGGGGGGUAUACUACAUACACCACUUGGGAGGGGGCUUGGGAACAAACGACUGAUGAUGAAAUAAAUCAUUUGAUUGCUCUUUUGAUUUAUUUUGGUCUGGUACGUGUGGACACAACCGUAGAAAAGUAUUGGAGCACAAAGACCCUUUACCACGGUCUCUGGGCAAGGAAGAUACUUUCCCGUACUCGUUAUAAAGCCCUUAUGGCAUUCUUGCAUGUGGUGGAUCCCGCCGACGAGCAGCCUGGCGAUAAACUGGGCAAGGUUGAGGAAUUUCUUGCGGCAUUCAAAGAGCGAUGCCAGGCGUCAUACCAACCGAGCCAGAAUAUUGCUGUGGAUGAGCGUAUGGUUAAGUCUAAACAUAGGUCAGGCAUUAGGCAAUACAUGAAGAACAAGCCUACAAAGUGGGGGAAUAAAACUCUGGGUAUUGGCAGACAGCUCUAAUGGGUAUACUAUUGAUUUCAACGUUUAUAUAGGUAAGUCGGAGCAUGAAAAACCGUCGGGUAAUGGUCUGGGUUAUGAUGUGGUAAUGAAGUUGGUGGAUCCAUAUUUGAACCAAGGGUAUCAUGUAUUUUUUGAUAAUUUUUUUACAUCCCCUAAGUUAGUCCAAGAUCUGUUUUUGCAUGCAACCCCAUCAUCAGGUACAUGUAGAACUAACAGGGAGGGUUUCCCCAAGUCCUUGAGGAAUGUUAAGGUGUGGGCGAAGAAGUUGGAGCGAGGAAGCAUGCGAUGGGAGCGGGACUCGAAUGUGUUAGCCAUCCAAUGGGUUGAUAACAAGGCUGUUUCCUUGCUCACAUCAAUUGAUUCCGCGAAUGAGAAAGAGGUUGCAAGGAGAAGAAUGAAGGUGGGAGAUGUAUUUGAACGGGUAGAUGUAGACCAGCCCUAUGCAUUUUAUAGAUAUAAUCAAUACAUGAAUGCAGUAGAUAGGUCCGAUCAAAUACUUGCAUGCCAUAAUGUAUAUCGUAAGUGUUAUAGAUGGUGGAAGACUUUGUUCUACCACUUAAUAGAUAUGGCAGUUGUUAACGGUUUUCUUCUUUUUCAGAAGCAUCGUGCAACUGACCCGGGUAAUCCGGCUUUGCAACGCAUAUCUACAUAUAAUAUAGUUAAUUUUCGGGAGGAGAUUAUUAGACAGAUUUGUGGGUUGGAAGAGUAUGAUAGACCUCCUGUGUAUGAGGCAGUGCAGGCUGUUCCUCGCCAUGAUCUGUUCUGUACCCUCCAUAUCCCUAAGACGGCUGAGAGUAGGAAGCAUUGUGUUGUUUGUUACGGGAAAGGUAAGGGGCAGAAGCAUGUGACCACUUAUUGUAGUGCUCCGCAGUGCAAUAAUAAACAUAUGCAUGUUGGUGCUGGGUAUGAUUGUUUUGAGGUAUGGCAUAGUAGUGAUUAUACUGGUAAGAGAACAUGA